AUGCAAGGGCUUACGUUCGAAGUGCUGGAGAAAAUGGAAGCUCUUUGUAUUGAUAUGAGAAAAGUGGCAGUGGAACUGGGAAACACAAUUAGGUUAAUUCAGAGUGGCGCAAGUCUGACCGAGGCGACACGCUCUAAACUUUCCAUCAGGCUCAUCUCAGCGCUCACUCGAUUAACUGCGGAUUCGGUGGCUACAGUACCGUCAGGAGAGAUGCUCUAUACGUUUAACGAUGAAACUCUUGGAGCGAAGUUGUUGGAAUUUGCCGACGAGGAUUUUUCUAUUGAAGUUAACUCGAAUAUGACAUUGCAUUCACUGAAAGCCACUUCUAAUGUGGAAGAGAAGAAAAGAGCCACAACCACUGUGAUGGUGCAGUCCUCUACUAAAGCAGCUGCGUCCCAAGUCACCAUCUCCACAGCAGGGUCCAGUUAUAAAUCACGUACCUCACUGCCACAAGGAAAAGCUCUUGGACGUAUGAUAGUUCAACGAACCGGCGUACCUAUUUCUCACUAUGAGCCCCUCACUGCUCUGCAGCUACUCUGCGAAGAGCUGAGAUUCGCCGAUUUGUUGAAUAAAGCCUGUGCUAAGGGAACAGCUGAAGAGAGGAUGGUCUACGUAGCUGCAUUUGCUUUGUCACCGUAUACCAAUUCGACAGGACGAUAUCGGAAGUUUUUCAACCCAUUACUUGGUGAAACGUAUGAGUACGAACAAGAAAACUUCAGAUAUCACGGAGAACAGGUUUCACAUCAUCCAGCCGUCUCCGCCGGACAUGCCACUGGCAAUGGGUGGACGUGGUACCAGACAUUCAGUGCUGAAGUGACUUGGAAUACUUGGGCUCAAACAUGCGAAUUUGUGCCGGAGAGACCCAUUCGCCUUCAGCUUACUGAUGAAGAGUACAUGUGGAACAAGAUCACUACCCACAUUGAGGGUCUCCUUUGUGUACCCGAACAACGAAAAUUAUACCACGAAGGCACAAUCUGCGUGAAAUGCUCGAAUGGAGUGAAAGCCACAAUAAAUGUCGCUAGGAAUAAGGAAAUAUCAGGAGAGGUCACAAGUGCUGAAGGGAAAACAUUCUGCAAACUCUCGGGAAAGUGGGAUGAGCGGCUAUGCAGAGAGCUGGAUGGUGGAGAAAAAGAGCAAUUGAUAAUGAUAUCAGAGUGGCCGUUGUUUCCAGAAUACUUUGGAUUCUCGGAUUUCACAAUGAGAUUAAACGAACUACACGACGAGGAUCGUGAUUUCCUACCACCCACCGACAGCCGAUUCAGGCCGGACGUUAGAUGUCUGGAAGAAGGAAUGUUGGAGGAGGCGGUUGAAUAUAAAAGGUGUCUGGAACAGGCCCAACGUGAUCGCGCUAUCAACCAGGAAACACACAAGCCGCUCUGGUUUGUCCAAAAGGAGGACAGUUUCACAAACAAGAAAAUUUUCGUAUCUACAGGAAAAUACUGGAAAGCGAAAGAAACAAAGUUUGAGGAGCAGAAGAAAGACAAUGCUUUUAUGCCAAUAUUCAAAGUGUCGAUUACAUAA